CUGCGCAGCGUAGUCGAAACACUGGGCUGAUAAACGCUAACACUACGUACAAUUGUGAUUCCGUUUGAUGCAGUCUGCAACAAAUUCACUGCGAGAAUGUGGAGACUUUGAUUCCAAAGACGACAAAGCAUUGACGAACACCGUAAAGUGAUUUAAAAUCUGGGAAAGUAAAACAGACUCUCCUGCAGGAGAAGGUGCCUUCUCUUUACUUUGAGUCUGAUUUUCGGUCUGUCUGGUCUCCAGCUCAUCUGCGUCUGGUUGUCUGGUUCAGGCAAGCAGUGAUCUUCCAAAGCAGACACCUCCAGGGACUGCAGCCUUUGGUCUGAGAGGAGGAGUCAUGGGGCCGGUAGGGGCUUACCCAUUUACCCUGCAUGUGCUGGCUGUUCUGUGCCUCAUUAUCAGCACAUGGAGCCUCAACCCUGAUGACCCCAAUGUCUGCAGCCAUUGGGAGAGCUAUGCAGUGACCGUUCAGGAGUCCUACGCUCAUCCUUUUGACCAGAUCUACUACACCAGGUGCACUGACAUCCUCAACUGGUUUAAAUGCACCAGACACAGGACCAGCUACAAGACUGCUUACCGGCGCGGGGUUAGGACCAUGUACCGGCGCCGUUCACAAUGCUGCCCUGGCUACUUUGAAAGUGCAGAUUUGUGUGUCCCUCGCUGUACUGAGGAGUGUGCCCACGGUCGCUGUGUAUCUCCUGAUACAUGUCAGUGCGAGCCAGGCUGGGGAGGACUGGACUGCUCUAGUGGUUGUGAAAGUGGCCACUGGGGGCCCCACUGCAGCAACCGCUGCCAGUGCAAGAAUGGGGCCCUGUGUAACCCCAUCACAGGAGCUUGUGUAUGCACAGACGGCUACCAAGGCUGGCGCUGCGAGGAUCAAUGUGAGCCUGGCUACUAUGGCAAGGCCUGCCAGCUGCAAUGCCAAUGCCUCAAUGGGGCCACCUGCCACCAUGAGACAGGGGAAUGCAUAUGUGCACCAGGCUAUAUGGGCCCCAUCUGUGGAGAGCGCUGUCCCUCUGGAAGCCACGGGUCACAGUGUGAGCAACGUUGUCCUUGUCAGAACGGAGGAACCUGCCAUCACAUCACUGGCGAAUGCUCCUGCCCAGCUGGAUGGACGGGGUCUGUGUGUGCCCAGCCGUGCCCAUUCGGCAAAUAUGGCAUAAAUUGCAGCAAGGAUUGCUCGUGCCGCAAUGGAGGACUAUGUGACCACAUCACAGGACUGUGCCAGUGUAUGGCAGGAUACAGUGGCCACAGGUGCCAGGAGGAGUGUCCGGUGGGCACCUAUGGUCCCCAAUGUGCUUUUCACUGUGACUGUCAGAAUGGGGCCAAGUGUUACCACAUCAACGGGGCAUGUUUGUGUGAUACAGGAUUCAAAGGGCCUCACUGCCAGGACAGGUUCUGUCCACCAGGCCUCUAUGGUCUCAUUUGUGAUAAAUAUUGCCCCUGUAAUGCCACCAACACACUCAGUUGCCACCCUCUGACAGGUGAAUGCUCGUGUACUGCAGGAUGGUCGGGACUAUACUGCAAUGAAACGUGUCCCCCGGGUUACUAUGGAGAAGGAUGUAGUUUGCCAUGCCAAUGUGCUAAUGGAGCAGACUGUCACAGUUUCACUGGGGCCUGUUUCUGUGCCCCAGGCUACACAGGAGAUGACUGUUCCCAAAACUGCCCCCCAGGACUAUAUGGUACUAACUGCAAUUCCACCUGCCACUGUCACAACCAGGCAUCCUGCUCCCCGAUCGAUGGCUCCUGCAUCUGUAAAGAAGGUUGGCAGGGUGUAGACUGCUCAAUCCUUUGCUCCAGUGGGACUUGGGGUUUGGGCUGUAAUCAGACUUGUUUGUGUGCCAAUGGUGCGGCUUGUGAACCAAUAGAUGGCACCUGUACCUGCUCUUCAGGCUGGAGAGGGGAACGCUGCCAGCAGUCCUGCCCUGAUGGCAGAUACGGGCUGGAGUGUCGUGAGCAUUGUGACUGUAACCACGCUGAUGGAUGCGACCCUGUGAGAGGUUUCUGUCGCUGUCUGCCAGGAUGGACAGGGAUCCACUGUGACAGCAUCUGUCCUCAAGGUUUCUGGGGGGUUAACUGCUCAACACCCUGCUCCUGUCAGAACGGAGGCUCUUGCUCUCCCGAAGACGGAACCUGUGUAUGUGCUCCUGGCUACCGCGGCACUUCCUGCAAGAGAAUUUGCCCUCCUGGUUUCUAUGGGCACCGCUGCAGCCAGUCAUGCCCACAGUGUGUGCACAGUACAGGGCCAUGCCAUCAUGUCAUGGGUCACUGUGAGUGUCUGGCCGGCUUCUUCAGCUCGCUUUGCAACCAAGUGUGUCCCAGCGGGAAAUUUGGGAAAGCCUGUGCUGAGAUCUGUCUGUGUACAAACAACGGCACCUGCAACCCCAUUGAUGGCUCUUGCCAGUGCUUCCCGGGUUGGACUGGAAACGACUGCUCACAGGUUUGUCCAAUAGGCCAGUGGGGCCCUGACUGCUUGAACUCAUGUAACUGUCACAACGGAGCCCAAUGUAGUGCCUAUGAUGGAGAGUGCAGGUGCAGCCUUGGCUGGACUGGCCUCUACUGCACGCAGCGCUGUUCCUCAGGGUUUUAUGGGCGAGACUGUGCAGAGGUGUGCCGCUGUCAAAAUGGAGCUGACUGUGAUCAUAUCACUGGCCAGUGUGCCUGUCGGACUGGCUUUAUUGGAACCAACUGUGAACAGAAGUGUCCUCCUGGGACAUUUGGCUAUGGCUGUCAGCAGCUGUGUGAAUGUAUGAACAAUGCCACCUGUGAUUAUGUGACCGGAACAUGCUACUGCAGCCCUGGAUAUAAAGGAAUCCGCUGUGAUCAGGCUGCUUUGGUGAUGGAGGAGUUGAACCCUUACACUAAGAUCAGUCCUGCUCUGGGUUCAGAGCGCCAGUCCGCAGGUGCAGUCAUGGGCAUCAUCUUCCUGCUCCUCGUCAUCAUGGCCAUGCUCAGCUUGUUUGUUUGGUUCAGGCAGAGACAGAGAGAAAAAGGUCAGGACAUGCCUAGUGUCUCUUACACCACAGCGUUGCGUGUCACCAACACUGACUACUCCCUCUCCGAAACGCCUCAGAGCAGCAGCAGUGGCCAGUGCUUCUCUAAUCCUAGCUACCACACUGUAGCACAGUGCAACAUAUCUUCCACCAUCAAAAAAAACCUGGACGGCACUCUCACUCUUAAGAAAUGUGACAGGAACAGUUCAGAAUGGAGAGCGUACAGCAAUCUCAAUGACAUGGGAGUAACUAGAGGAGACACACUUACACUGAGGGACAACAAAAGCACCCGUAUGGCUAAAGAUUACAUAAAGGCCUCCAUGUGCAACUCCAGCUCAUGUUCCCUGAACAGUGAAAACCCAUACGCCACUAUCCGAGAUCAGCCCGGCCUGGCCUGCAAGCACACUGAGAGCAGCUACGUGGAGAUGAAGUCCCCUGCCCACAGAGACUUGAACUUCUGCUCCAGCACCAGUACAACCCUGAGCACUGCCAGCAGGAAUGUCUAUGAUGUGGAACCCACAGUGAGUGUUCUUCAGGGACCUAAUGGAAUGGCGACAGGUUUCUCCCAGAGUCCUUAUGACCUCCCGCGGAACAGCCACAUUCCGAGCCACUAUGACAUCUUGCCCAUGCACCACAGCCCCAUACACACCCCUCUGCCUCCAGAGAGCCCGCCAAGUUCCCUGCUGUAGAGCCCAGCCCUCGUCAACCGCGCCUGCCUGAAGAACACAGACCGAAGACUGGCAGUUCCGGGACCUGUUUUUAUUUUUAAUAUCUCUAUCUUCGUAUCUCUCUCUAUCAAACACAUUCAAGUACAGAUGCAUGAGUAUAUUAUAUUGGACAGGACACGUGGGAGACUCUGUUGAUUAGAUGAGGAUUGAGGAUACACAACAAUGUAAGAGCUCCAUUGCUGAACUGAUUUGUACACCAGCAACUCUUCAUUAGCCCUCUCAGACACAUUUUAUAACAAGCUGUGAAUAUGACAUCAGGAAAUACAGGUCAAGAAAAGCAUUUUUUGUUUUUAGGUCUCUGAAAAUGACUUUCAGAGGGUUCCUAACAUGGAAUGGAGCAUUUGACAGUGUUUUCCAUGGAAACAUACACAACAUAAUAUUCUGAACACUUAAACAGAUAAUCAAUGCAACUCAAUGAUCCUGAACUUACAAUUUGGAGUUGGCAUCGAUUUGGAACUGAAAGCCAGAGGUGACCAUAAGGGUGCAGUCCCUUUUUUUGUACCCCUAAGCAAUUUAGCAUUAAGAGGGGACUUCAAGGCCUUAGAGACAAAGCAUGGUUUAAACCCAAGAAAUAAGAAUUCUUAUCGUGUAAAGAACAUUAUCAAAAUAUACACAUAAGAGAUUCAGUAUCAAUUUAGAUGGAGUAUUACGGAAUUUAAAAUAAAUUCUCAUGACAUUAACCACUUAUAAACAAACAUAAGUACUUAUAAAAGUUUAUAAAGGGAGUCUGGGUCAAUAUGAGCUUUGGAAUACUUUGCUCAUUUGUGUAUCAGCCUGGUGCUUUCUAUUGUACAUAGGAGUUUAUGACUGUUGCUCAUUUAUUUGGGUGUGUAUAUCUUUAGAACAUGACUUUAAGUUGUGUAUCUUGAGUAACACUUUUCUGAGCUAUCAACUCUUUUGUUUUUCUUACUAGUAUGUUUACAUUCUUAAAACACCAGUUAGCAGGCCUUGAAGGGUUUUUAGUUUUUGUGAUUAUGUAUUUAUGAUGUUUAUUUAUACCUUGUUUGUGCAAGUGAUGUUUUUCUUUAUAGUGUAAAAGUUAUACAUAUUUAAAGAGGGACAACAUUAGCAUGAACAAAUUAUGAUACCCAUAGUGACCAAUUAUUUUCAUGUGCUUGUGCUAUUUGUGCACAGUAUUAGUAUAUAAAGUGAACAUUAUAUUGUUAGCCCUCACGCCAAAAUAGACUUUGCAAAAGGACAAGACCACAUUCAUGUCUUAAACAAAAAAAAUUGCAUAUAUAGUAUGAGACGUGCCCCUUUUCUUGUGUUUCAGCAAUUUCUUUGACAAGUCCAGCUUUGCUGCUUUGAUUUGAGCUUUGUUCUAAAGUGGCUCCAUUCCCUCAUAAUAGCAAUAACAUAGUGACAGUCACUCAUAAAUAAAACAUGCAUUUUAUCAACCCUGCCAGCACUACAGAUCAAUAGUGGUUCCCCUCUAGAUUAAUUUAUUUGUUCCAGAUUACCAAAUUUAAUAUGUUUUAUUUUUUUUUUUAUUAUUAUUUUUUUUAUUGCUGCUUGAUGUUUUCAUAUAAAAUAAAGCUCAAGUCCUUGUUUUAGAUCUCUCAAGUCAAUGAUUGUAUGUUGAUGCAAGUCCAUGAACAAUGCAAGUUGACCAAAUCAUUUCCAUAAUACUUCCAGUUGUUCAGAUUACUGGAUAAAGAUUGUUUUUAAACAUAUUUUGUUAGAGAUCACUCUCACAAAGAAACAUUUCUAGCCAAUGGCAUACUUUAAGAGCAAAAGCAUAACUACAAAACAUAUAUUCACCAAGAGAUUUAUGACUUCAUGCCUAAAAAUACCCAUUUUAAAAUUCUGAU